AUGUUAUCCGCAUCGUCUUCGAAAUCAUCAGCAACAAUAUCAAAUGCUUCAGCAACGUUCUGUGGUACACGUGUAUUACAUGAGCACUCAAACCAAAUAUAUCACAGGAUUUCAGAAGGAAGAAUUUCAAAAGUACUGAAAGCAAGUAGUGCAUGUGGCCAAAUUCGACCGGCAUUCUCCAACAAAGGACCUCGGAAGAUUAUACAAGCGAAACAAGUGUUCGAGCGCUUUCAAGUCGAUCUUGUUGAUUUGUCUCGUCGACCAGUUACUCAUGAUGGUUUUGAAUUUCGUUAUGCUUUGGUUGUUCUUGAUAUAUUUUCACGAUAUCUUUUCUUGCGUGCAUUAAAAAAGAAAAGCUCAGUUAUUGUUUAUAUAAUGAUCUUUAAUAGGCAUGCUGUUUUUCGCACAUUCAUUAACCAAGAGUAA